AUGUAUGACGAUUCUUUGAAGAAAGUGAUUAUUGAUCGUUCAAACAGUUCAACAGCUGAUUGUCCAGUAUUUACUGACUAUGAAGCUACGCCUCAUUCAAGUGCUGUAUGGGGUCAUUUCUAUUUGUAUGACCUAUUCACGAGUGCAGAGCAAAGUGAAGUUUGUGAAAGUACCCGCGAGACACUAAAAUUCCACGUGUUUGUUGACGUGUCAAUUAUUGAGGUGUUUGUGAAUGACCGUUUUUCACUGUCAGCUCGCGUGUAUCCAUGUGCUACUCAAACAGAAUCUGACGGUAUUGCACUAACAGCUUCAAGCGUCGCGACAUUCAAGAACGUACAAGUUUGGACAGAACCUAAGCACGCGUGGGCUGAUACACGCACUGUGCCAGCCUCUUAA